AUGCGCACAUCAAUUUUCCUCAUAACUUCCGAGUUGUUUCAAAGUCCGGCAAGCGCCCAGUUAGCCUCCCGGCCCUGCGGCCGUGACCUUAAACGCUCGAGGGAGCCUUUUAUCUCCCCUUCGUGGGCACACUCUGGCCUGGCCGUCGGUUCGCCGGCGCCUUCAGACCUGCCCAAUUCGGCCCAGGCCGGUCGAGCCAAGCGUGUCGAUCGGAGACCAGACCAGUCGUGCUUGCUCGUGCUCGUUCGUGCUCGCUCGUGUGUGCUCUCGAGCUCCGGGCCUGGCCUCGGCGAGGUCACAUCGCCCGAAUGUCACAGUCAGUCGACGUGUCACCUCGUCAUCGGACCUGUCCGGUUCGGCCGAGAAGCGGCGACCAGAGAGCAUGACUGGUCGGUUGAUAUUGAAUGGGAACUUGGCUCAUCCUCGGUCGCUGAAGCUAAGGCAGGGCGACUUACAAUUGCAUUCUCCCACAAUGAAGCGGGAGGCUCGAAGAGAAAAAGGUGCUCUCCGGGAACUUCGAUCAACCCUAAAGAGGCACUAGCUAGAAGGGUUAGAUGGCCAACAGUUAAAUCAUGCAAUGUGGUCUCGCUUUGCUCCUCUCUAGUUGUGCAUGAAGAACGGACUUCUUUGCACAUCUACGAGCCUCGCACAGAAUAG